UAAAAUUAGUAGUUUCUAUGAGAGGUGGUCCAAUCGCUACAAGAAGAACGUUGAAGAGUCCCAAAACUGAUGAGUCUUGGAUAGACUGUAAAGAUUUGUUUGACAGCGAUGAAAUUAGAAAAAGUGGAAAAUAUCGUUUAGAAUUACAUCAUGAUGGUUCAAGUAUGAGCAUAUUUCGUAUUGCUAGGUCAUAUGACACGGACUCUUCAAAUCCAAGUGAUGAUUCACCAGAGGGUGCCUAUGACAAUGAUUGGGGUUUGGAUAAAAUGCAAGAAAAUAUUUGCACUUUCACUAAGAUGAGAGAUUUGCGUAAGAAAAUGGAAGCAUUGCAAUUAAAAAGAAACAAAAAUAGUACUGUUGAAAAAUCAUCCACAACUGUUAAAUUAAAGCGACAUAAGUUACCAUAUGGUUCCAAAACAAGUACUGAAAUUAUUAGUGAGGAAUUGGAACUCCUAGGCCUUGUUUCUAAAGGUGGAAGUAAGCCUAUCAGAAGAGUUCGGAAUAGUGUAGCACAAGCUACUUACAUUAUAGGUGUUAGUUCAAACAAGUCCUCAGAUAUGCCUUCAGCAAGAAGACUUCGUGAAGAUUCUGAUUCCUCUGAUGAAAGUCGUGUAACUCAGAUCAGUCGAAGACAUAAAGCUGAAAGAGUACCAACACCGGAGGGUCUUGUUACAGGUGCCGGUCCUGUUUGCUACCAAAAUGAGGGCGAACUUAGUUUAGAAUUAACAUUGUCAGAUGAUCAUGAAGAGCCUUUGAAACUACUUCCAACUCCAUGCCCUGUGCCUUCAACAUCAACAGGAGAUAGCAGUCGUUAUCGCCUGUCCUGUUUAUUGUAUCCUCCAGGAGAUUCUCCUAGACCUCAAGUAACUCCUGAAGACCUGUCAGCGGGAUGA